GGGUAGGGGCUGGCGGGGGCCGAGCUCCUGCACUCAAUCCUCCCGGCUGCUCUCGAGCUGCACCGUCUUCCCGGACCCGGGACGCCGCGGCCAGGGCGAGGAGGCCAGAAGUACGCGGCGAUGGCUCCGUGGGGACUCCCGGGGUCCGCUGUGCUUGCUGCUUCAGUGUUCGUCCGAGGCGCUGUGAGUUCGCCGCUGGUGGCCUCGGACAACGCUGGUAGCCGCACGUUACACUCCCGAGCAGAGACCACUCCAUCGUCGCCCACCAACAACGCUGGGAACGGACACCCAGAAUACAUCGCCUAUGUGCUCGUCCCUGUGUUCUUUGUCAUGGGUCUCCUUGGUGUGCUCAUCUGCCACUUACUUAAGAAGAAAGGCUAUCGGUGUACAACAGAGGCGGAACAGGAAGUUGAAGAGGAAAAGGUGGAAAAGAUAGAGUUGAAUGACAGUAUAAAUGAGAACAGUGACACCGUCGGGCAGAUUGUCCACUACAUUAUGAAAAAUGAAGCGAAUGCAGAUAUUUUGAAAGCUAUGGUAGCUGAUAACAGCGUGGGCGAUGUUGAAAGUCCUGUCACUCCUAGCACGCCAGGGAGCCCACCUGUGAGUCCUGGGCCCCUGUCACCAGGGGCCACCCCAGGGAAGCAUGUCUGCGGUCACCAUCUGCACACGGUGGGAGGUGUCGUCGAACGGGACGUGUGCCAGCGCUGUAGGCACAAGCGAUGGCACUUCAUAAAACCCACCAACAAGACCAAAGAGGGACGGCCACGGCGACAAGGCGAGGUCACAGUCCUCUCUGUGGGCAGGUUCAGAGUCACGAAAGUGGAGCACAAGUCAAACCAGAAGGAGCGCCGAAGUCUGAUGUCUGUCAGUGGGGUUGAGAGUGUCAACGGGGAUGUGCCCGUAACACCUGUGAAGAGAGAACGGAGUGACACGGAGUAGCCGCAGCUGCUUUCUGGAAGAGUUCUCAGAGACUCCGAACUUUCGAGAUAUGAAGUCGCCUAGGGAAUAUUUUUAUAUAUUUUAUACAGUUUCUAUCAUGAAGUCAACGGGCAUGCGGAUCAAACCCAAAAGGAAAUAUUUUUUUAUACUAUUCUGGACACAGAAUUCAGUUUGCUUUGAAAGAAGUUUGGGGCUUAAAAGGCGUGAUGAAAAUUUUAGUUCCGAUUCCGAGAGGGAAAGACCUUAAGCUUGGGGACCGUCCCCAGUGGCACAUUCCUGGCUGUUCCGUACACAAUCCGCUCCUCCCUCCGAAUCACAGCAUCAUGGACAGUGGAGCCCUUUACAGCCGGAGCCUGUGUUGGCGUGCUCACGUCUGUCACUGAACCCCGGACACCCCAGAUUCCAGUUUGACUUUGGUUAUAAGAUCUUCGUACAGUCAGUUGGGCAGUUACAGAAGACUCUUGCCUGCAGAAGGUCCUUGGAAGCAUCCAGUGCUCAGAAGCUGAUCCCCCAGGAUGUCAUGGGAUCCGACGGAACCACAGGUACCUGCGCUUCAGAUUCCUGGACCGAGAAUUCUGCACUGACUGCUGCUCCCAUCAGCAGGGCCCUGUCACUCUGGUCACACAGAGACUAUCACUGGUUUUAUUAAUUUAAUCUACACAGUUGUCUUUUAGUCUAAUGGAGGAAAAGGGAAAAUGGCUUAAAGGGGCUCUAAAAAACUGUUUUGACAACCAAAGGCCAAAACAAAACACUCCUUUCUUAUGCAAAUAAGCACUUGCUAGGCCUCUGCUGGUUUUCUCAGGGUCCUGCUGUAACUGAUGCUUAGUAAUGGCUUCCCUGAGUUCCAGGCUCUCUGUGCUACAGUGUUCAGGGGCUAGCCUGGGUGACUUAAGCCAGACCCUGUCUCCCAAUAAAAAAAGUGAGAAGAGGGCUGGGCUAUCCCUCCUCGUAGAACAUUUUCCGCUGUGCCCCACUACGUUUUGCCCUCAGGGCUUCUUUUGACCUUGCUUUAUAAAAUGCCUGAGAUGGGGGCGAGGCAAGCUUUCCGACCUUCCCCAUUGGGGUGAUGCAUUAAGUACUGGGUGUGGUUUUGUUUUCUUUUUUGUUUUGUUUUAAGUUUGGCUGUACAAAAAUAAAAUAGGAAAAACAAAAGGAUUUUUUAAAAGCAUACCCCAGGGCAUUUUCUGUUUC